AUGGCAUCAAGAUUCCUCCAAAGCUUCUCGCGCUCAGCGCCCAUUGCGACCCGCUCUAUCCAACAGCGAAGCGAAGUCCUCGCACCAGUAACCACCCGCACAUACGCCAGCAGCGCUGCACCCGGCCAAUCAUCCAACGUCUCCAACCCGCAAGCAAGCAGCGCCGAGAGCCAGUCCAUCAACAAAAGCGCCUCAGUCGGCCAGACCGACAAGAACGAUGGCGACCACGCAUCGAUACAGAACCCAGUCAGCCAUCCAGAGCACGACCGCGCAGGCGCGACGGAAGAGGCAACGGAAAGUCAGGACAACAUGAAGCAUGACCCGAAGGAGCCGGAUGCGAAGAAGAGGGAGAAGACGCUGAACUAUGGGCAGAAUAAGCCGCUGGAUGCGGCUGAUAAGUAG